CAGGAGAAUGAUGACAGAGUAUCCCCAGAGGAUGAAAGCAACGACAUGGAGGAGGAUAAAGCAGAGGAGGACCUGGCUGGUAUUGUGGCACGGCCGGACUUUCCAAAGUUUGAAAUUAUAACAGAGAAUAUUCAUUUGACUGAGAGGAAGAGAUCCAAAAGCAUGAAGCGGAUGCUGUGUGACUGUACAACAUCUCGAGUGGACAGGUCCAAAGGAAUCACAGCGUGUGGCUCUGACUGUCUCAACAGGAUGCUCAUGAUUGAAUGUGGAUAUAGAUGCCCAUGUGGUGACUACUGCACCAAUAAGCGCUUCCAGAAGAAGCAGUACUCCAGAACACUUCCUUUCAAAGCUGGAGACAAAGGAUGGGGUUUGAGGGCUGAAGAGGAUAUGGAAGAAAGGGGAACAUUUAUCAUGGAGUAUGUUGGCGAGUUGCUCGGCUACGAGGAGUUUGUCCGCCGCACCAGGCAGUACGCCAAGGCGGGUCUGAUUCAUCACUAUUUUAUGGCACUGAAUGCUGAUGAAGUCAUUGAUGCCACACUCAGAGGCAGCAUCUCUAGAUUCAUCAACCACAGCUGUGAUCCUAACUGUGAGACCCAGAAGUGGACAGUCAAUGGAGAGUUAAGAGUUGGGUUUUUCACCAGAAAGCCAAUCAAGAAAGGGGAGGAGUUAACAUUUGAUUAUCAGUUUGAGCACUAUGGGGAAGCACAAAAGUGUUACUGUGGUGCAGAAAACUGUCGAGGCUACAUUGGCUUGGUGAAAUCUCCAACCCGAAAUAACAGAAAGAAGGAGAAGAAGAAGAAAGAGAUUUUCAAGGAUGAGCUGCUAGAGGAGGACAUUGAAGAGCUGUCCCUGCUGGAUGGGAUGAGAAACAAGAACCACGUGCUAGAUCUGUGCAGGCUUAUGGUCAGAGCUGAGAAAGUACAGCACAGAAUGGCCAUUCUCAAGAUUUUGCAGGACACAACAGAGAGUGCCUGCCUAAGGCUGUUCCUAGAUUACCAUGGGCUUCCACUGUUGUGGAGCUGGAUGGCAGAUAUAGGUACAGCCGAUUACUCUGCUCAGACACAGGAGCUCAAGCUUCUGAUGCUGUCUGUGCUGAAGGGUCUUCCAAUCACCAACAAGACAGCCCUGAAAGAAAGCAAGAUACCUGAUGUCGUAGAAAGAUGGGCUUUUGCAGCAGUAGUUGCAGCAAGGAAACCCCCACCACCUCCCCCGCCAGCAACUACAGCAACAACCCUGGUGACAUUAUCUACGGUUGCGGCAGACAGCAUUGCAAACACAACCACGGCGCUGACUGACAAUGAAGCUGUUGCUGUGUCUCCCCCAGUCACAUCUGUCUACGAAGCAGCAUCUGUCAUAGAAGACACAGAGACGCCUGCUGCAGUAGAACCUGAAGCUACAACAUCUUCAGAAUCUUCACCGCCAGCAUCUCCACCUCCUCUUCUCCCUUCUCUUAACACAGUUACUCCUGUUUCCAUCCUGGCUUCGGCCAAAGCCAGCAGAGAUGCUAAGGGAAAGAGGAGAGUGACUUUUGCUGAAAUGCAUGAAGAGUCAACGUUUUCUCCGGAGCCACAUGAGGACAUGGAUGAGAAUGACGACAUUUCAUCAUCUACCCAAGGCACUGGUGAUACAGAUGGUUUAGAAGGCACGGCAGCAGAGAGAUUGCUCCAGUGUGAGCUCAAGUCUGAUGACAGCCUCUCCAGUAACAUGGCAGACUCCACCAGCAGUUCUGGGUCUGCCAGCGACACUGACAACUCGGACACGGAGGCAUUGAUCAAAGAUCCCUUGGCAUCACUGGCUGCAGAAUGUAUAUCUCAGUGGAGCUCGCUGAAGGAGGUAUUUAAGAUCCCCAAAAGAGUCAGAGUAGAAGAAAGAAAGAAAACAGAGAUGGAGUUGGAUGUUUUAUACAAGAAAGAUCUGGAAACUUCAGAUCCAUAUGCAAAAUGGAAGGGAAGCAAAGUGAGAUCCAGAAAGAAAGCUCUAGAAGAUGACGACAG